UUUUACACACACAAAAACAGAAAAACACAAACAAGAAUGGUGAUUGCAUUAGGGCCGGGAAAGUUUUAUGGAAGCAGUCUUCCAAGGCCACGUUACUAUACAGAUAUCAAAUACAACACGGAUCGGGUCGACCCACCAGUUUCAGUACUUGACCCAUUAAUGUCAUGGGCAGAAGAAGCUCAUUGGUCAAUGGGUGGUCUAAGCUUCAAACGACACCGUCUCCAAGGUCGUAUCGAAGGAAAUGUCGAAAAACUAAGAAACCAAAUUGAAAAAACAAUCAUAAAAAAAGAAACCCAGAUCCCCCUUAAAAAAGCGGCUAUUUCGAAAAAAAACAAGGGUGUUGAAAAGGGGCGGGGGCGGAGUUUGUCGCCCCCACCGGCCCCGAAAAGAAAGAGGAAAUUGGUUGGAUUGAUUGAUGAAGAAGAGGAAGAUGAAGAAAUAAGGGGCAAGUGGCCGAUAAGAAAGCUGUCUGAUGAAUUUGAUCUUGUUGCAAAUAAGACGGAUGGUGUCGCUUCGAGGACCCGAGGUCGAAAAGUUGAAGAGGAAGUGAAGAAGAGUGUUGGCAAGGGAAAGAAGAAAUUGAGAAAGAUUGGGGAAAAAUUGGGAUAAUGUUUUAUUGUACUUAUAAAUAAUGGACUGAUUGAGAGAUUAUGGUUUUAUUACAUCUUAUUAGUAUUAGUAUUAUAUAUUUGGGUAUUUUUGGUUUUUGUUUGUUUUUUCUUUUGUGUUAUGAUGAUAUGGAAAAUGGGCAUCAUAUGGAGUUAUUGGAAUCAAUGUUUUUGAUGUUUGA